GGCACCUUGUCCGCUGCAGCAUGUUUACACUUAAAGUCAAAACACAUCCAGCACCAUUAUAAUCUCCUAUCUGCUCUUUUAGGUUCACAGUCACUUUUUUUUGUGUGUUUCAUUUUUACGCUAAUUUUGGGGGUGUCGUCUUUUGGAGGAGAAGGCUUCCAGGGAUGGCGUCAAUACCCGGCCAGCUUCGAGAAGAGCGCUCCUCCCCGAGUCCUAAACGGGACGCACCGGGCCUCUCAGGCCCCCUCAAGCCGAACCAAGUGAGCGAGACCUCCCUUUACGGGGUCCCCAUCGUCUCUCUGGUCAUAGACGGGAGGGAAAGACUGUGCCUGGCCCAGAUCUCCAACACGCUUCUGAAGAACUACAGCUAUAACGAGAUCCACAACCGCAGGGUAGCGUUGGGUAUCACCUGCGUCCAGUGCACCCCCGUCCAGCUUGAGCUCCUGCGACGCGCCGGCGCCAUGCCCAUCUCGUCCAGACGCUGCGGCAUGAUCACCAAGCGAGAGGCCGAGCGACUGUGCAAGUCUUUCCUGGGGGCGCACAGCCCCCCGAAGCUGCCCGAGAAUUUCGCCUUCGACGUGUCACACGAAUGCGCGUGGGGCUGCCGGGGCAGCUUCAUCCCGGCCAGAUACAACAGCUCCAGGGCCAAAUGCAUUAAGUGCACCUUUUGCAACAUGUAUUUCUCCCCCAAUAAAUUCAUUUUCCACUCGCAUCGCACCCCGGAGUCCAAGUACCUGCAGCCGGACGCGGCCAACUUCAACUCGUGGAGACGCCACCUCAAGCUGACUGAAAAGAAGCCCUCGGAUGACAUCAACCACGCGUGGGAGGAUGUCAAAGCCAUGUUUAACGGGGGAAGCAGAAAGAGGACCCUUCCGAUGGGGAGCUCGGGAGAGCGCUCGCCCGUCAAAGCGCAAAUUUCCUCCGCGCUCGGCCGCACCUCUUCACCGGAAGUCCCGCGCAAAACUUUACGUUGCGACGAGGAUCAAGGGAGCAAUAACAUCACUUUGGCGAGCAGCGCGAGGAGCUUCCCCCUUAUCCCGGUGCCUAGUAAAAACUUUGGCAUGCUCCAAAAAAUCCCUCCACCCUUAUUCCCACACCACCCGUACAGUUUCAGCUACGGCUUGUGUCCGAAAAAAAGCGACGGCUUGCCGGAUGUGACGAAAGCAAACGUGCCCAGUGUGUUUUGGCCUGCCGCCAAGGACGCCCUUUACCCCGCUUUCCCCGUGUUUUGGCCCACGGCGAGCAGCCUCCCCAUGCCGCCCUACCCGGCCUCCCCGCCCAAAGCUCCGGAGAUGCCCGGGGUCCGCCAGACCGACCUCGACCUAUCAGACCAAAGCGAAAGGAGUGCAAACACCCCCAAAGAGGCUCAACACCAGCAGCAAGAAGCAGGGGAGCGAUGUCCCAGUUCAUCCGGCAACGACGACAGGUCCGGUGAUGAGAUCCCGCAUCGGAAAAUCAGCUACAUCUCCGCUUUCAGACCUGUGGUCAAAGACACAGAGACCAUCGCUAAAUUGUACGGGACCCGGGAGGGCUUCGGCGUGAGGCCCGGCUACCUUUCACCGGACUUUGUCAGCGAGACCUCCAGCUAUAGGUCCAUGUCCCCGGACAGAGACACCGUGGGGGACGAGGACGACGACCCCGACGUGGAUGUAGAAUCCAACAAGGGGGAAGAGGAUGAGGAACCAAGAGGGAACCGCCGUGAUCUUCCCGUGCAGGUCGAAACGGGGGAAGAAAGCCAGGAGAAACCUGCGCCCUGCAGCCCCGCUGGAGCAUCACCGGAGGGCCAUUUGCACACCGGCUCGUCGGAUGAAGGCAGGCACACGCGGGAUUGUUCGCCUCUUCAAUACGUGUACGCGCAUGAAAAGGACUGCCAAGUGCACGUGGACGAGAAGCUCGAGUUGUCGAGCAGUCCCUGCAGAUCAAACGGUGCUUACCAAGAUCAUCGAAUCAUAAAAUCAAAUCAGGAACAAAAGGACAACCAAGCUGAAGGAGCUUUACGCAUUGACAUCAGCGUACAAGAACAAAAUCUGGAGAACAUGGCAAAAGAGGAGUUGCAGAAGCAACUUGUGGAGCAGAUGCAGCUCAGGAAAAAGCUAGAGAGAGAAUUCCAACAUCUAAAAGAUAAUUUUCAGGAUCAAAUGAAGCGUGAGCUGUCCUACAGAGAGGAAAUGGUCCAGCAGCUGCAGAUUGUUCGAGAAGCUCACGACACCCUACAUCAUUUCUCCUGCAAGAUGCUGACCCCUCGCCAGUGUACUGGAGCCUGCACCUUUAAACCUCCUCUGCUGCCUCCUUAAAUUCCAACACAAACCCUGUACCCUCUCUUUCACACACCUCCACUAUGUAGAUACACUUGUGAUUUAUAGCACUUGAGUGAAAAAUCUUACACUUGGAGAAGCAGGAUUUAUUUCAACAUUGUUUUAUGUUAAAAAUCUGUCGUAAAAGCUCAUACCAAGAAGCCCUGCUACUUACUGUAACUAUUCUGAAAAUGGGAGGAGACGCACUAUAUACAGUAAACCAUGACAAUGUGCAAUGGCAUGUGUAAAUGUGAGAAAUUAAAAUGUCAUUAUUUAGCUUUUUAUUGCUUGUUUAAAUAAAUUCAGUUCUAUCUUUUAUUUAUCUUCAUUCCCCAUUCAGAAGAUUUUUUUUUUUACCACCGUAUGUGUUGUAAAGCACUUUAACUGGGCAACGUCACUGCUUUUGUCGUCCUUUAUAUACCAAAUGGUCAUGUCAGAAAAAAAAGAAGGAUGUUUAUGUUGAAAAAGAAGCACUUACUUCAACUGUG